AGGUGGUAAGCGUAAAGCAUAUGCAUCAGUUGUUUCAUAGACAGCACUAGAUAAAAAUGUUCUCAAAGGUCGCAGUUUUCGCUUUAUUCGUUGCCGUUGCGCAAUGCAGCGCAAUCCAUGGAGCUGACUACAACAGCUUCUCCUAUGGAGUGUCUGACCCCCACACCGGUGAUGUGAAGAGCCAGCACGAGACCCGCGUCGGUGACAACGUGGUCGGCCAAUACUCCCUGCUCGAGUCUGACGGUACCCGGCGGACGGUGGACUACGCUGCUGACGCCCACAACGGCUUCAGCGCUGUCGUGCGCAAGGACCCAGCGCUCGUAGCCCACGCUCCUGCCGUUGUAGCUGCACCCCUCGCGUACUCCGCUCCCGUUGCUGCCGCGUACGGCGCCCACGCCGCUCCCUUAGCUUACGCACACGCUGCUCCCGUCGCGUACGCCCACGCCGCUCCCGUCGCGUACUCCGCCCACCCAUCUCCCUUGGCCUACAGCAGCUACGCCGCUGCACCCCUUGCCAUCAACGCAUACGCUGCCCCUCUUAGCCAUGCGUACGGCUAUGGCGCCCAUGGACUCGCCUAUUAAAAUUGUGACCCAAAGAAGGAUAAGAUGACUGUGAUCUAUUUAAGUCGAAAAUAAACUUUAUUGUUUGUAUA